GAAGAAGAAGAAGAAGCAGAAGAAGAAGAAGACAACACUAACAGAAGUAUAAAAUGGAGGAAGCUGUGCUUUGUGCUAAUUUUGUUUGACACACUUAUUUAGCAGAAAAAAAUUGCAGCGCAAGUUCUUUUGCAUAAUUUCCGUAAAAAACCAAGAAGACGUUUCAACUGUGUGCUUUUCAAGCCUGUUGUACUUUCAGGCCUAACUGGUGUAGGCUAGUGAUGCUAGCCUGAGAGCUAGUUUAACUGUUGACUAAUUUCGGCUUUAAUCGCAACGACACAACAUAAUCACUUUUAUUGUGGUGUGACCACACUUUUCUGCCUUUGAAGCGGACAGUCGAGUCGCAAGAACAGAGGUUGUGGAGCUGGAGUUGGAGACGGAGACAGGAAUGUCAGAGCUCUAGGGGUUUGGGGAGAGGGUAAAAAACGAGAGACUCAGAAUCUGAUGAAGAAAGAGAUGACGAUAAAAUAUGUCUGACUCCCCAUGUGUGUCUAUCCCUUCCAUAAAUGAGACUUGUAGCAAGAGGACACAGCUGGAAAAUGGCUCUGACUCUCUCAGUCUAAUAAAAAAAGCAGUGGUGGUCUUGACCAGACUCCCUGAAUAUAAGAUCAGUGCUCUACGGCCUCCAACGCCUCAGCAGUUUUACAGUGAAGACGAGUCGCUCAGCAGCUCUGACUCUGAUAUGCAGUGGGAGCCAGGAGAUGAUUCUAGUGAUUCAGAUUUUUCAGUCUCAACCAAUAAACAGAAAAAUGCAAAACCGACAAAAAUUGACACAACGAGAACACCUGCACCACCAACAAGCAGUAACAGCAACAACAACAACAACGUGACAGAUAUAAGCCCCAUAAUAAUAUCCUCAGCUUUUGCCCAUUCCUCUUAUGAAACCACAAAGGUCCGUCCUAACUUGCCAGAGGGAGAGGUCAAAGUGGACAUGAUGGUGCUGGCCAGGAAGGGGCCCAUGAGAUGGCAACGGGGGAAAAUAGUGGAAAUUGUUACAAAGGAAGAUGGCCGGUUGAAGUACAAAGUUAGCUUUGAAGAAAAGGGGAAAAGCCUAGUUUCUGGACACCACAUUGCCUUUGACACCACACCGAAGCUGGAGCAGCUGUAUGUUGGCGCUCGUGUGGCGGUCCAGUGUCAAGAUAACAAGUUCCGGUUCCAGCCUGGUAUUUUGGCAGAGCUCCCCAGCAGAAAGAACCGCCUAAGGUUCUUGGUCUUUAUGGAUGAUCACACGCCGGUCUAUGUUGGUUUACCUUUACUUCACCUGGUGUGCAGACCAUUGGAAGACGUUUUAGAGGACAUUCCGGACAGCCCUCACAAAGGUUUCAUGAAGCAGUACCUGAAGGACUGGCCAUACCCACAUUUAACCCAGUACAGAGUUGGACAGUCCUUUAAUGUAGAAUUAAACGGAGACCAGCAGAAGUGUGAGGUGCAGGUGGUCGACUGCAGCUUGAUACAGGUGGUUUUUCAGGACAAUCAACAUAAAGAAUGGAUCCAUCGAGGCUCCAUACGACUUGAACACAUGGCCCGGUUUUUGGAAUUGAAAGCGGGGGAGGAGCGUAAUGAUGACUUUGACUAAAAGCCCAUAGACGCAGGUGAAUUUUAUUGUAGCUCGGGAAAAUUUGAAAAAAGAAAAAAUUGUAACUUUUAUGUAUGGUACAAAUGUGCAGAUAUAGUUAUUUGAGUGUUUAUUGUGAUUCCAAAAAUAGUUGUGCAUUAUUACUCAUAGAAAACAUACUUAACAAUACUAAUUUUCAGUUUGAUCAGAGAUAUGAAUUUAUGUUAAAAUAGCUUUUGGCACCAUGUUCAAACAGUUAAUGUUUAAACCUAUAUUUGGCAGACAGGAGAUCAACUUCUUCUUUUAUUGUAUUGUACCUAUUUAUUUAUUUUAUUCAUUUAUUUUUUUUUUAACAGUGUGACAGACCAUUAAUCCAGACUUUGUAUGAAUGAAAACACUUAAUUUUAUCAAGCACGGAGUGGAUAAACAGUAACACAUUUCAGUGUAACAAGUGGCCUGAUCAUCCAAAUAUAUUUUUCUAUGUUUUUUCAUGGUGCACUCAUAUUUAUGAUUUGCAUUAAUGGGUAACACACAUUAAACUGCUCAUGUAAAACAUCCUGGCCAGUGUUACAUCAAACUGUAAUUGUUCAGUUACUGGAAAAAUACUGGAGGUGGUAUUACUGGAGCAUUUUAAAGAAGUGAGAGAAGGUGCUACGUCUACAUGCUGUGAGUUUUGGGAAGCCGGAACGACAGAGUUAGACAUGACUGUAAAUGUUUUUUGUUGUGCUUAAUAUCCUUCAUUUGUAUAGGUUUUAUUUUGAUAGGUCCUGUUUGUCUUUAGUCUUGUCAUUUGUUAAAAUCUGGGAACAAAUUGUACAGGGUAACCCAAACAAGUCAGUGAUUAAAUUAUGCAUAUGCACAAAAGUCAAUAGCCCUUGCUUUUCUCAUCUAGCCAGUAUUCAACAUUUUCUCAACACUAUCCAAUUUGAUUUCCAUUCAUUUUUUUUUUAUAUAUACAGCUUCCAAAUCCAUUUAGUUUGUAAUACUUUUGUUUCAUUUUGUAAAUAAUAAAAGUAAAAAACGUUUUACACUGUAUAUUAGUCAUUUGCAAGUGUCCUCAGCCCCAGAGAUGUAUUAAUAAUCAAAUUUCUCAA